AUGGUUGAGAGGGCAUUUGCAGCUUUCAAGAACCGAUGGAGAAUUGUGGACGACAAGCCUCACCACCCUUAUCCGUCACAAGUCGGAAUUGUCCUAGCUUGCUGCAUUCUUCAUAAUUGGAUACUACAGUGGGGAGAGGAUGAGUUUGUACCACCUGAGCACACUUGGACUGGGAAUCCAGCGUCAGACGGUGUGAUUGACAUAGAACAUGAUAAUAGAACCUGGUCACAAAUUAGAGAUGGUUGGGUUGGGCAUAUGUUUGCCAAUAGGGGCAAUUCACGUGUGUAG